AGUUAGUACCGCUUCAAAGUGGGUGGGACUGAUCGUUAAUAGUUGCCGCCUCUACUGUCAUGACAUCAUCCUAAACGUGCCAUAUUUCAAACGCACAACACAGAAACAAUGGAGCCUAUCGAGGGAAUGGUGUUCUUGAUUCUCGGCAUGUGGAUGUUUUUAACUUCAAGAUGGAGAAAUGUGUUUAAAAUGAGGCUGAUGGCAGCAAAACAAAUUACUGCAAAAAAAAAACAAACGAGUCUGGGAACUCUUACAACGAAGCAAAGAUGACGACAUCACUCGAUUUGCCCGACGGCGCACGAGGAUGUAUCAUAUUUUGCAAAGUCGCCGUCACAGACCAUCUGUUUGGACAUUUAACAGAGCUUCUGAGUGGUGGGGUGUGAUUGUUCCUGGGUUUACAAACACGCAGUGGUUGGAGAACUUUAGAAUGUCGGAAGAAAUGUUUAUUUACUUGUGCAACAAACUGCGUCCUGCGAUGGAGAGACGGGACACAAACUUCCGCGUGUGUGUACCUCUAAAGAAGAGAGUAGCCAUUGCACUGUGGAAGCUUGCUACCAGCUCUGAGUACAGAAGUGUUGGACAUCUUUUUGGAGCAAGCAUUUCAACUGUGUGUCUGUGUGUUCAGGAGUUCUGUGCUGCAGCAGAGACGUUGUUGAUACCAGAACAAAUUCGUUUUCCAGAUCAGGAGAGGUUUAAAGAAAUGGCUGCCUACAUUGAGAACAGAUGGGGACUUCCACAGUGUAUUGGUGCUAUUGAUGGAUCACACAUACCCAUAAUAGCACCACAAGACUAUCACUGUGUCUAUUUCAACUGUAAAGGCUGGCACUCCAUCAUCCUUCAAGGUGUUGUGGAUGGAAAGGGACUUUUCUGGAAUGUGUUCACAGGACUGCCUGGAAGCCUGCAUGAUGCUCGGGUUUUGAGACUGUCCACACUGUGGGAGGUGGCAAGCCGUGGAAACCACAUACCAGCUAGCACCAAAAACAUUGCUGGGGUGAAUGUUGGCUACUACAUCCUUGGAGACUCUGCCUAUCCCUUGCAGAACUGGCUAUUAAAACCAUUCAUUGACACUGGACGGCUAACAGCGGAACAGCGGUUCUACAACAUGAAAAUCUCCAGAGCACGUGUAGUGGUUGAAAAUGCUUUUGGUAGAUUAAAAAGAAGAUGGCGUUGCCUUAUGAAAAGAAAUGACUGUGCGGUCGACCUUGUGAAAUCUUGGUGCUGACAUGCUGUGCUCUACAUAACCUUUGUGAGAGUCAUGGAGAGGCCUAUGAGAGUGCAUGGGAUCCACCUUCAGCAGCAGAGCCUGUGCUGGGACUGGCUCAGCCUGUAGAGGAGGAGGGCAGGGAUGUCCGUGAGGCUCUGAUGCGUUACUUGAAUAGUUGACUCUGUCUGUUCUGUAAAGUGUGUUGUAAAUAAACUUUUGUGCAGUAUUUGAAAAA